GUGAAACAUCACUCCAAGUACAAAUCCUAGCGACGAUUGAGUUAAACAAAAGUGUGUGUAGUGCCUUACUAGGCAAAGUUUCAAACAUCAUAAAUGAUGUUGCAAGUACCUUUUAUCUCAACAUUGAAUUUGCUGAGGGUCUAUUAUGUGAUCAGUCCCAAAUAACUUAUCACUUUCGUACAUCUGGUAUGUUAAUGUGUGACAUACAACAAGCCUGUGAGAGAAAAUCUACUUUUCUUUGCAAAACGUGUCCAAUUUCUCGAGGGCAUCUGAUAAAUUCAAAGGAAUGGCUAUCAUUCAGGAUGGAUGCUGAUGAACCUGAGGAGGAAGAUGAAGAGGAGGAGGAGAAUUUAGUCAAAGAAAAGAGAAACAUUUAUCUUCUUUUUGAUUUUGUUGCAACGAAGAUCGAGUCAAUAUUUGAAGCCAGGAAUCUUUGCAUCGAGUUACCUGGUGACCAGUUUGUCUUGGAGAAUGAUAAAAAACAUUUGCAAAGAGUUCUGUUUGAUGCCUUAGUGACAUGGAUCGAAAGAAAUCCUAGCAUGGAGAAUUUGGAAAUUCUUACUCGGGCACUCCAAAAAAUUAGUAGAUGUGAUUUUGUAGAUAAAAAUUCACUACAUUGAGCAUACGGACUACACGGAACAUUAUGUGCCACAUCCAGAUUUGGACAUAAAGCAGUCGGACAUUAAAGCAAUUGUAAAAGACGCAGCCGUUAACUAUCACGAGAUUGGGCUAUUUCUCAGAUUAUCACCACAGAAACUAAAACAAAUUGAAUUGGACUAUCCUUCUGAUGUACGUGGAAAAAUGCAUCAGGUCUUAUCACAAUUGCCUGUCAGUCGCCAGAUGACCAUUAACAGUUUGAGGUAUAUUGAAAGAAUAGACCUGAUUGCUAAACUUACGGCUCGGUGGAAUUGAAGUUUAUCAAAUGCCAAGCUAAACGAGAUAUAUUGUGUUCAUUUAUGUUGAAUCUCAUUUCCUUUUGUUUGUAUGUAACUUAUAGUCUGUAAAUUUUGUUUAACGUAUACGGUGUACACUUUGUUUCGAAUUUAAUGGUAAUUAAAGCUUACUUUUAUAUCAUGCCUCAUGUCUGUUUAAAUGAUACACAACGCGCGCGUUUCUAUAUCUGAACUAAAAAAGCAGCGGAAACAUUACCCCGUGGAAAAAAGUACGUCUACAGUAAUUAAAAUAGUGAGAAGAUACAUUGUACAUCGAUUUCUUAAUUAUUGCAAGUUUGGGGAGUGUAAUAUAUGCCACACUUUUGAUGAUGUACAGUAUUGC